AUGAAAGUUACUUUCAAAACAUUAAUGCAGCAGACAUUUGUUCUUGACUUUCAAGAAGAUGAUCUGGUUGGCGACGUUAAAAAGAAGAUCGAAGCUAAAUGGGGCAGCGAAUUCGAUGCAAAGACUCAGAAACUAAUACACUCAGGCAAGGUGAUGGAAGAUAGUAAAUCGCUAAAAGAUUACAAAGUGACAGAAUCUGGUUUCGUUGUAGUAAUGUCUGUCUCAAAGCCAUCCAAAGAUACAACGAAAGAAGCUAGCGCUUCAGUCCAAAUUAAUCCUACUGGUGAAACAAAGCCAACAACAGACAAAAACAGCCCCGUAACAGAAGCAAAUGAAGCGCCGAGCAAUAAACCAGACUCAAAUCCCCAAUCUAACUUACCUACAAUUACAACAGCCCCAUCGAGCGCAACAAAUACUUUGGGUUUUGGAGAGAGUUCCUUAGUUACCGGAGAGAACUUUGAGCGGGUUGUAAAAGAACUAGUGUCCAUGGGUUUCGAGAGAUCACUGGUUAUCCAAGCAAUGCGAGCAGGCUUCAACAACCCAGAUAGAGCAUUUGAAUACCUUUCGUCGGGAAACAUUCCUAAUGUUGACAUUGUUGAUCAGCCACCGCAAAGGGAAGAAAUUGAAAGUGUAUCUCCGGAAGGGCCUGGGGAUACUGAUACCCCAGGCUCUGAGUCUCUUGGCUCAGAAGACCCGAUCGCUGCACUCGCAAGUUUACCCCAGUUUCAACAAAUGAGAGCCCUAGUACAGGCAAAUCCAGAGCUACUGCCCCAGCUAAUCCAGCAAAUAGGGAAUGAUAAUGCAGAUUUAUUUAGACUCAUUCAAGAAAACGAACAAGCAUUUCUGGAAUUUAUUAAUACCCCAAUCACUGGUACUACCCGACCCGGUGGUCAGCGUCAAACUGUUCUUACUAUGACUGCUGAGGAACGCGCUGCUGUGGACCGUCUAAAGGCAUUAGGGUUCCCGGAGGAGUUGGUUAUCCAAGCAUAUUACGCAUGCGAGAAAAACGAGGAUGCAGCUGCGAAUUUCCUGCUUAGUGAAAGUUUAGACGAUGAAAUGUUAUCUAAUGAAUUGAAUCGUACUAAAUUACUGUUUCUUCUUAACUGGCGCUUCACCAGCAGUAUAAAACCUGUCAUAAUCUGGUUUCAUCAGUUGAUUACGGUUUGGACUUUUGACGAGUUGGAUUAUGAAGAAUACAUUGGUUAA